GGAUCUUGUAUGCAGUCGUCCCUUUUCUCGGGCCUUUGUUUCCCAGAAGGCUCUGCGGGUGAGGCGAGUGUAAAUACUUCCGGUGUCAGGUAGUGACGGUCUGUGUAAACUGGUCCUGUAGCCGUGGCAGCGGCAGAGUGGCGAGCCAAGUUCAGCAGUCGUGGACCGGAGAGAGAAGCUACCUGUCGACAUCAGCCUGGGCUGCAGCGCGCCGCCGCUACGGGGUCUGAAGAGCAGAUCUCUAGAGAAGCUGGAAGGGAAACAGGUAUGGCCAAGGACGUCCUCGGUGAAGCAGGGCUGCACUUUGAUGAGCUGAACAAGCUGCGGGUGUUGGACCCAGAGGUUACCCAGCAGACCAUAGAGCUCAAGGAAGAGUGCAAGGACUUCGUGGACAAAAUUGGCCAGUUUCAGAAAAUAGUUGGUGGUUUAAUUGAGCUUGUUGACCAACUUGCAAAAGAAGCAGAAAACGAGAAGAUGAAGGCCAUUGGUGCUCGGAAUUUGCUCAAAUCUAUAGCAAAGCAGAGAGAAGCUCAACAGCAGCAACUCCAAGCACUAAUAGCAGAAAAGAAAAUGCAGCUUGAAAGGUAUCGGGUUGAAUAUGAAGCUUUGUGUAAAGUAGAAGCAGAACAAAAUGAAUUUAUUGACCAAUUUAUUUUUCAGAAAUGAACUGAAAAUUUCAUUUUAUAGGAGGGCAAAAAACAAAAACAAAAAAACAAAAACCUCUGUACCAUUCCAGUGACUUUGACCAAUGACCUAGUGUGUCAUUUGAGAUGGUGUGUAAGGAACGCAGCACCUCUGAAGGCAAUAAAACAAAUCUGAGGGAGCUUGUUUCAGAUGCCUGUGUGUAUCUGGUGAAUGCCCAGUGACCAUGGUGGCCUGGGUUUUCACCUCUUGCAUUCUUUGUCUGAAAUAAGCAGUGUGUAAACUUGGAUUUUUUUUGUAAAUUUAUAAAGCUUUGGAAGAAAAACAAUAAAUUAUUGUUUUCAGAUGGCUUCUCUACCUCUUUUCCUGGUGCCCUUAAAGUGUACACUAAAUGCCUUAUAAAAGAACCUUGGACUCUAUUCCCUAGUCCACAAAACGAACCAGGCAGUGGUCAGCAGCUACCUUUAUUUGGACUGGACACAUGAGUCAGACGAUACUCCCAACAAUUGGAGCAACAUGGCUUAUGAGCAGAACAGGCAAAGAGGGAACUAAGUGGGACCAGUUUCUAUUGUUAUCCAUGUGUGUUCACCAAGUUUUGUUUUGUUAAGUUAGCCUUGAGUAUGAAUUUAGAGAAAGUGAAUGGAACACCAUGUACUAACAUGAAGACACUCUAUGCACAUACUGGACAUGUUAUGCCCAGCUGUCCCAUUUUGACUGAGAAUAAAAUGGGAAGGAAUGAUUACACUAUUUGUAAGAAAGAUCUGAAACACACUUCCAGAUCAUGUUUGAGACA